GGCCCUUAUCCUGCGGGAGCGGCGGCGCCGGGAGCGCCUUUGCGCUCCACUCGUCCCCGCAGCGACGGCUGGCCGCACUGCGCUCGCAGACAUGGACGAGGAGCGGGAAACUCUGCAAAGGAUUGUCAAUACGCUAGUGGCCAAAAAUGAUGAAAUUCACAACUUCAUUGACAUGCUGAACCAUACAAUAUUAAAUGUUCAGGCAAACUCCUCCAAUGCCAUCAGCGGGCUGGAUGAGGAGUUUGAUGGUCUGUAUUCUAUCCUACAUGAGAUGAAGGGGAGCAUGGCAAACACUAUUCAGCAAGAAGAAGCUCGUAAGAUACAAGCUCUGCGGGAUCAGCUGAGCCAGUGCAGCCGUGCCCUGGAGAGCUCAGAAGAGCUGCUGCAACUCGCUGUGCAGUCACUGGACAUAGAGAACCCUGUGGAGCUCUUCGAGGCUUUCAGACAUAUCAAAGAUAGUGUCACAGUGGCUUCAGCAUUCCGUCUCUCUCUGAAACCAGAAGUCAGUGACAGUAUGACUCAUAUGAUGGUGGACUUUGCCCUGGAAAAGCGGAUGCUCCAAGCUGUGAAGUUUUUGCCAGUCCCUAAAGCUCCAAAGAUAGAUGCAGAAGCAUGUCUGGUUGCUGACAACUGCAUAACAGUGUCAUGGAGAAUGCCUGAGGAGGACAGCAGAAUUGAUCAUUUUGUUCUGGAGUACAGGAAAACCAACUUUGAUGGGCUGCCUCGAAUAAAAGGGGAACAGCGCUGGGAGAUAGUGGACUACAUUAAAGCUACUCAAUACACAUUGUCAGGUCUGAAAUUUGAUACAAAAUACAUGAACCUUAGAGUACAAGCUUGCAACAAAGCUGUGGCAGGUGAAUACUCUGACCCCGUGACUCUGGAAACCAAAGCAUUUCUCUUCAAUUUGGACAGUACUUCAUCUCAUCCAAAUUUGAAAGUUGAAGACACCUAUGUUGAAUGGGAUUCUACUGGAGGCAAAGGCCAAGAAAAAAUAAAAGGGAAGGAAAAUAAAAACAGGGGAAGAUGUACCAAUAGAACAGGCAACAAAAGUGGCCAGCAUCGUGUGCGGAAGAACAAUAGAAGAAGCAACACAGCGUCUCCGAAUAGAUCCGCGAACAGCCCGAGGGCCUCGGCGAGGGGCAGCCGGGAUCGCUUUGCUGGUGAAUCCUACACAGUGCUGGGAGACACUGCCAUUGAAAGUGGACAACAUUACUGGGAAGUGAGAGCCCAGAAGGACUGCAAAUCCUACAGCAUGGGAGUAACCUACAGAAGCCUGGGGAAGUUUGACCAGCUGGGAAAGACUAAUUCCAGCUGGUGCAUCCAUAUCAACAACUGGCUGCAAACCACCUUCUCAGCAAAGCAUAACAAUAAAGCAAAGACUCUGUGUAUACCUGUCCCAGACAGAAUAGGAAUAUACUGUGACUUUGACAGAGGUCAGCUCUCAUUUUAUAAUGCGAGUUCAAAGGCAUUGUUACACACCUUCAGAACAAAGUUUACCCAGCCAUUGCUACCAGGCUUCAUGAUCUGGUGUGGUGGGGUCACAGUGACUACUGGACUGCAGGUGCCAAGUGCCGUGAAGACUCUUCAGAAGAAUGAAAAUGGAUUGGGUUGUUCAACAAGCAGCCUAAACAAUGUUGCCUAGUAAUGUCUGUUCAACACUUCUCCUGCUGAAUGUUUUUGUUUUUUCUGUGUAGCUACUGCUCACAGAAGCUUGUGAGCAUUGGAUUUUGCUGGGUUUGCUACCUUCUGCUGUUUAGGGCCUGGGUACUGAUAGUGCAAAGGUUUGGGGCUAAAGUGUUAGGAACCAGAGCUGGGAAUCCAGAAAAAUGUCAGAAAGCUGAACUGUUGCCUAUUUGACAAAAAAAAAAAAAAAAAGAAACCAAGAGUUGUAACUAUGUACUUUUCUAAUACUGUAUUCAAGCAUUUUGUUACAGACUUGAAUAUUAAUUUUGUUAUAAAUACUAUUCUUCUAUGAAGAAUAUAGCAAAUACAGUUUUUUAGCUCUCCUAAUGGAAAUUACUUAACUAUGUAUUUAAUUAUUACUAGGCUUCCCAUUAGAAGCUGUGAUUUCUGAGAUGCAUUUUGAAGACAUACUGAUUUUUCAUGGCCUAGCCUGGCAAAAUACCACACCAGCAUGGCUGCAGAAGGAUAUUACAAGAAUGUGUAGGCUUGGUAUGAAGAAACAGUAAAGAGCAGGCUGUGAUUAUUUCCCCCAGGGAUAGAAAAUCUUUCUAUUUUCCAUGGGUAACUCGAUUUUAAAAUGAUGUGUAUUGAUUUUGGCUCCUGUGUGUCACCAUUGCAUUAAUUGGAUUCUAAUUACCUUGGAAAAUAACAUGUAGAUGUUCCAUUGCCUUGAUUCCCAUUUGGAAGCCUAGUAAAACAGUAGUCAGAUUAUUCAUAGUAAUGGGAGAGCUAAAAAAAGAAGAAAAAAUAAUGUUAUAUUCUUCCUGGAAAAUCCCAGCUUUGCAGUGGGAAUUACUAGGUUAUUACAGGCUUUUUUAAUCUGCUUUCUUCCCUCUAAUCAAGCCGAGGAGCCUAUAAAUAGUUUCAGGUACACUCUUGAAUCAGGUGUUUCCUAACUGAAGAUUGUUUUCUGGUGUCAGCCUGAAAACUGUUACAAAUUCAUGGUCCUUAACGAUUUGGCUCAUUUACUGCUGGGCCAAUAUAUUUUCCUUUUGUGUAUCCUUUAGCCCAUAAAACCAUAAGCAUCUAAUCGUGUUAAACCUCAGUAUUACCAAUGGCUCCUCUCUGUCUGUCACAAUUUCUCAAGAUAAGAAGAAAUUCCUUGAGACCUUCUAAUAAACUGGCUAUGAUGUUCAGAGAAAAGUUAAAAUUAUCAAGGAAAUGUAAUUACCUGUUCUGGAAAGUGUUGUUUUUCUUGAGGAAUCAUGAAGUUGACAGGUUGGCUGAGCCCUAAAUGUUUAUUUUGCAUCUGGAACUUGAGCAUCUCUUAAUUAUGUGCAUUGUGAACUUGUAAUCUCUUUUUGCAGAGGAAAGUACAAACUAGUUCCCAGUUUAACUGUACCUUCUUCUGUGUGUUCUGUUGCUUGGGCUUUGGGACAAAGAUCCUCAGAAGUGACGUGGUUCUUGGUCAACAGUGUUUGAAUCUGCUUCACACAUUAUCUGCAGAUGUUACUGUUAUGCAAAUACUCUGUGUAUAACCUUUUCUCUUUCCAUUUUACUGCAAUGGACACCUGACUAGGAGUUCUUGGGGAUAAAUUGCUACAAACUCAGUUUUGCAGCCAGUUCUAGUCCGGGGAUAUGGUGCCCAGGCACCAGGACAGACUGGCACCUCUUCAUCACCACUCAUCAUUUGUCUUGAUCUUGGGUGUUCAGCUGCAGUUCCUCUUCAAAUUUCCCUUUGUGGAAAGGAAGGGGAUGUUUACAACCAGCUAAUGUGUUGUGAGUACCAUGAACAUUAUCCAGCCUUCUUCAAGAGCAUUUAAAUUAUGAAGGUUUUUUUGUUUGGUUUUUUUUUUUUUUCUUCAUUUUCAGCAAGCUGUAGUGUAACCUGCAAGGUGAAUUUGAUGUGCACCGAUGUAAAAAUGUAAUUUUUCUUAUAACAGUUAGUUAGAGGAAAGCUUGGGAGUGUUUCAUACUGUGACUUGUGACUUGCAAGUUUUGGUUUAACUGAUGUCCUAGGUGAACCUUAACAUGUGACUUUUUACCCUUAAAAGGAUGGAUUUGUUAUAUAAUAGUUUGCACAGAUGUCGAAUUUUUGCUGCUAACAUCUAGUCCAGUUGUCUUUAGUAAAUGGGGAUAUGAAGAAUUGCCUUAAGCACUUUUGGUAUUUUUUUGGUAGACUGUUUUUUUUCUGAACUAGUGUCUCUCCAGCACCCAUUGUCAUAGUAAGAUGAGCGACCCCACACUGCUCCCAGUGAUCCUUUUUGUUGCAGUGGGUGCAGGGUUUAUGCCUGCAGCUGGACAGGGAUGCCUGGAGCCUGCGGAGUUACCUUUUCCUUUGUGAAUCCACUUCAGGGAUUUGGAGAGGGGCGGCUCUUUGGCAGUGGGUCAGAUUUUUUGGAGGUCUAUAGUUCACCAGGCUUAUUUUACUCCGGAGUGAAUACUGCAUGGUGGCAAGACAGGAGUUUUCUGCUCUAUGACCAAAAGGAGAUGCUUAAUUUUUUUCUUUUCUUUUUUUUUUUUUCUUUUUAAGUGGUUUUAACUCCGAAAGCCUGACUUCUGAGAAACUAAAGGUUUUCCUUGGGGUAUUAAUACACCAGAUGAGCUUAGCUGCCAUUCUCCCAUGGAAAACUAAGAACUGUGUUAACUGCAGCUAGACAUGUCAGUGUCAGACAGGAUAAUAAAAAAAUAAAUAAAAAACCAAAAAAAAAAAAAAAAAAAAAAAAA